UCACUGAUGCGCCAAUCAGCGCCUACUCUAUUCUGAGGAGGUUCUUGGAGGUACAUGAUGCCUAAUCCUGUCCUCGCCCGGUGGACAUUACUAAAAUCCAUUCCACGACAAACGACGAGACCUCAAGCUUCGGCGAAAAUCCGAUAACAGGGAGACAGUGAGAGGAGACAGUGGAGUUUAAUCUCCAUCUUUAUGCCUUCGCCCGUACUUCCGUCGACCCCGGGGCUGGGGCUUUCUUCAUUGGCUUUUACCCGCAUUUUACGAAAUGAUGUUGUUUGUCUCAAUUUCUGGACUUUAGAAUAUAGAGGAUUUUGGAGUGCUCCUGUAUAAGUGGACCCGAGCAUAUGCAAUGGAUUUCGCGGGGCCUUCGGUGGAAGGUUUUGAUGGUAGUGGGGAGACAAAUUAGCGAACAUUAGGGUUUAGCGGGAGGAAGAUCGUAGUCCGCUAGUGCAAAACCACUCCACUGUGCUCUGACACAAGAAGCCGGGAGCGUGAGAGUGCGGGACGGGAGGAGAGGAAGAGCGCGGCAAGGACGGACAAUCAGGAAUGAGAGGGCCUGAUAGCGGUGACAGGAAUUUUCUUGCCGUUUGCACAUGUUGAUCACGGGAACUUUAAUGCGUAGAAGAUGUGACUGUGCAGCUGAGCUGACUCUCGGACAGAUUAGCUCUAGAAGGCCAGGAGAUUGGAACAAGACCUUCGCUCCCUGCCUGGAAGCUAGGGAGCAAUGUCGAUGCUUUCUACGCUGGUGGAUGCACUAGAUGUGCCAGAAGGUGCUUCAGUACCAAGAGCAGGAGUUUUUCAGCCCAAAGUCAAAGCUCGGGUCAGGAAGGGUGGAGGUCGUGGUGAUGCCGGUGCUAGCGUAGCUGUCAAAGCUCCUCCAGCUGCGCCGGCAGCAGAAAAGCCUGUUUCCGCAUUGCCUGUCGCGAGCGAUACCGAGCCUCUUGAUGGCAACCAAAACAAUGCGGAAGAAAACGAGAUUUCGCAACCGGAUUUUAAAGUUCCCGAUGCUCCACUGUCGAUAGAGGAAAAUUGUGUCCCUGAACCAUUACUCCCGAUAACGUCUUCUACGACUACAUUAGAAGAAACUGUCGGUGUGAUCGAUAGUGUAUCCACGGAGGUAACAAAAGUGACAUCUCCUAGCCGAACUUCGUCGAUCGAACCUGCAAUUCACUCGUCGCCUGCUGCCGAGGACGGCAGUCUUCUCUUACAGGCUGAAGAUGAUGUCAUUGCUGCCAUUAACGCUCCAGAAGUUUCCCCUCCCGUUGCUGUGAGAUCAAAUUUUCCUCUGCCGUCUUUCACUACGGCAACUGAAGAAAAUGAGGACACACAAGGAGACGCCUUGCCCAGGUCUGGGGAACCUUCCAGCAAGGGCAUAGUGCAACCUACAAAUGAUGAAGAAGGUGGCCCAAAUGGGGUCAUUGAGCGGGCAAGAGAGAAUAAGUUCAAAAAGUCUGCCAGGAAAGUCAGGAAAACAGAGGUUGCCACUCCCACUACAAGCUCCAAAGAAGCAGAAGUGGUUGAUGAUGACCUGGAAGAAACUCUGGUGACUCUCGACGAUGAACUAAUGGCGGAACUUGGCUUGCAAGAGGAAGAUCCUCCACUAGACCCAGCCGUACAGAGAAGGAAGCGGAAGAGAGCAUUUCCGCAUGCUUCUAGUCGGCCGAGACGAGUUCAAGAGGAUGUUGGUGGUUCGAGUAAAGGCGGACAGUCGAGCAAAACAAACUAUGACCUUUCAAACCCCGGCACACUGCCAUUGCGCGAAGUGAUAAGAAGAGCCGAGAAUAUUGAGCGGAAGAAAGCGAAGGAUGAGUUGGCUAAGAAGUCUUUACUAGACAUUUCGAAACCUCGAGAACGAGAAGUAGUUAGAGAGGCCGAACCUCAGAGAGAUGUCCUUUCUCUUGCGCCACAAGUACAAGUGAUCAAUGGGCGCAUUGUGGUAAACGAACAGAGUCUUACAGUUGGUGCCUACGCCACAUCUGCUCAAGAUACAGACAAGUACACGAGGGUUGAAGAGAACGCUUCUAGACUCAACUACCAUACUUACUCUAAUCGGACAGUUACGGAAAGAUGGAAAGCGGAGGAAACCGACAUUUUUUAUAGAGCUAUUAGACAGUUUGGUACCGACUUUGAUCUGAUAAAGAACCUUUUCCCAAACCGAACACGGCGGCAGAUCAAAGCGAAGUACAAGAAAGAGGAGAAUUCGAAUCCACGACGUGUGUCAGAUGCUUUAACAUAUCGACCGAAAGAUCAAUCUCAUUACGAGGAUUUGCUUGUUCGUAUGAAGUGCGAUGAUCUUAUCCAAGACAAUUCCGACCCUUUUGCAAGUAUUCUCGCUUACACUGCAGAUAAGGUUGAGAAGACAGAUGUAACCGACAAGGUCGAAGUCGAAGAAACUCAGACCGAGGAAGAAAUUCCGGCCAGUAUCGUGGAGUAGUUUACAGGGAUACUGAGCACGUGAACUGGUCGCUCCCUGACGGAAAGAAACAAGAAAGGUCGAUCUGUACAACAAAACUACUCCAGAGUGCCCGUUCACGGCAUCAUGCCUUCAUUGUGCCCACUUUGGGAAAAGGUGGAGCCACUUAUCGAAUACGGCAUGGAGCUUGGUCGCUACUCCGUGUACUGAGAACGGGGAGCUUCUUUUGAUCCGUGCAACUUGAAGAUAAACGAAGAUCGCGGUUAUCAGGGUCUCUAGCUGAGAAGGUAAGAGGACUACGUAUCGUGUAGAGUGGAAAUGGUCGAAAUCAAAGUCCUAGUGAGAAGGACAAACGCUCUUUCUUCUUGGGACCUUGCUAUGCGACGGUGAAUGGGACCCGCUGCUAUCUCUGAGAUUGAAGCUAGCACUUCCUGGUCAAGCUAGCAAGGGGUGUUCGUGGGGUCGAUCUUCAAUCUUACAGUGGACUAACCAAUGGAUAAAAGUCCAACGGCUGAACGACUGACUGACUCAUGAUUAGCUCAACACUCACAACUAUUCAUUUCCCAUGAACCUGAGAAGACGAAGGAAUGGAUAGUUGCGAUUCUAUUUGGACGUGCUAAAACAAGUUCAUUUCACCGGAUCAACGGACUGCGGAGGAUAAUCGGCAGUGAUGUCUCGUGGUUUUCGAUUCAAGUUUGGGAACCCAAACCUGGAGGUGAAAAUAGAUGUGCACAGUGCUACUCUUGCAGAUGCAGAGAGAACUGAGUCUAGGGAUGAACACGAAAAUCGUGAUGGGAGCUGCUAACGACAUUGCAUUUGGAUAUAUGUGCCCCAGCCUUGGAUGCAAGACCGUUGAAAGCAUUCACAACGGAUUCAGAACAUGUUUUACAAAUGGUGUACCGCGAGGAAACAAACCAGCAGCGUUCAUGUAGCGACCAUGCAGGUGUAGAUAGAAGGGUACUCAUACCCUUCUAUCAAAUGAGCAAUGUAUGAAGGCUAGACACAGGAAUUGGGUUCUGAGGAAGGUUUUAUUUUUCUAGAGUUGUUUUUUCAUCACUGGUCCCGGAUCAGGGGUUAAACCCCCAAUCCGAGUUGACAAGGGAUGUGUCUCUACAAAGGGAUACAACCCCUACAGUGGGUCACACCCAUUGAACAUCUCAGUCCUAACUAUAAGGACUCUAACUGCACUAGUCCGCACAGACAGGAAGUAGGGAGUAUAACUGUAUUCUAACACUCCCACUUACUACCUACUUACUUCUCUCUUCCUCAUUUUCAACGAACAAACCCAAAUUCUGACUGAUACCAAUGCCUCUCUUUAGCUAAUGAUUUUGUCAUAUCGUCGUUGGAAGAUGAACUAACUUCACUAAAUUAUUUGCGACUAGGUCCUUGACAAAAUGAUAUCUAACAUCAAUGCGCUUUGAUCAUUCAUGAUUCUUCUGGUUCUCAAUUUGUGCAAUAACACUUUGAUUAUCUCAGAAUAGUUUUGUCGACUCCACGUCAAAGCCCAGAUCAUUCAACAAUCCUCUCAACCACAAAGCUUCAGCUCCAGACUUGGACAACGCCUUAUACUCUGCUUUUGUAUAAGAAAGUGCUACUGACAAAGAUUCUGUGAUAAUCAAAGUAUUAUUGCACAAAAAGGAAAUCAAAAGAGUCAUGAGAGAUCAAAAUUGAUAUCAGAUAUCAUUUUAUCACGA